AUGUCACAGUCAUACAACCACCUCUCGACCAAUACAAACCUCCGCGACGAAAAUGGUUUCUGUGGUCUUCAUGGCUACCAACCAUGCAGUUGUGCGAGGCUCUACAUGACGCCCACGGUUUAUUCUCAACACAGCAACCAUAUAAAUCAGUCCUCGACGUACCAAGCUUCAAUCCCGGCUCCAUGCUUUGACCUGAAUUGUUGUCAAUCGGAUGGUUCGACUCAAGCUCCAAUCUUCAUCGGCUCCCAAAACUCGCCAGACGAGGGGUACAAUGCCAAAUAUACUUCCAUGAACGACACGUCCAAUGCAUUUACUGGUGUCUCUUCCCCACAUAUUCAAGCGAGCACACCUCCAAGCAACAUAGACCCUACUCAUCUAGAGGGACGGACAGUCUAUUACAAGAAGCCGGCUCAAUCACACAACCCGGAGGAUCCUCAAGUUCCUUUGCGGUGCUACUGGAAGGGGUUCACAUGUGAACAUGGGUUGAUGUUUCCCAACAUCGAAUCGCUGAUGAAUCAUGUGGAAAUGAGCCAUAUCAAUCCUCAACUCCAGGCAAAUCAGCAGUCUGGCCACAUCGGUGGACUUAAAUGCAGCUGGAAGGAAUGCACUUCUGCCUUCAGUACAAAGGGAUCUUUGGCGCGUCACAUUAGAUGGCUACAUGUCAACCCGUCCUCAUUUCUUUGCCCCUUUUGUGACAAGUGUUUCAACCGUGAAGACAACUUGGAGGACCAUUUGAGCAAGUACCAUCGGAUUUCAACUUGGUGGAGACGCUGCAAAGGGGAGUGUUAUUGA